AUGGCGGACGAGCAGGGCCGAUGCCGGCGCUGCGGCCAGGCACUUCCGGGCGCGCCGCCGCUGCCGCCAGGGCUUCCCGCCCCAGGGCAGGGCGGCGUUCCGCCAGCGAGCAUGGACACCGAGGUCGCGGGCUCCGGCGCCACGCAGGGCAUGGCGGACCUCGGCUUCGGCGACUCCGACACCGUGGCCGCGGAGCUGGCCGCGCUGGGCGCCAUCGAGAUCGAUGAGGAGGGGGGUGGGGAGGCGGUGGCAUUGCCCAUUGACGUGCCCGCCGGGUUGCUGCAUGAGUUGAUCGAGAACGAGGUGCUAGUCCACAUGGACCUUGUCCGCGCAGCUCAGCGCGCGGACCCUGGCAGCGCGACGCUCCAGGUGCGCUGCCAAACGGGUUGGGCAGACAUGGAGACGAUCUUCAGGAAGCUCGCAGCCAGGACUGCGCGAUGGCUCUGCGAGAUUGGCCUGUCCUCGCAUUGGCCCGCGGCGGACAAGGCCAGGGCGCAGGAUGCGGCCGCUAAGUUUGCCUCCGCCGCCAAUGAGUGCGGCGACCAGCUGGACGAGGUGCUGAAGAAGCGCAGACAGAUCAAGACCUCCAAGCUCCCCCUGUGGAAGGAGCUGGGCGAGGAGAGCUUGCAGAUACUCCGCCGCUCGGCGACGGUGGACGCGGAGGUCUGCUACACGCAGUGGUCCGACGUCCUCGGUUGUCGGCACGGUUCUCUUGCAGCCCCUCGUGACGCACGAGACUUGGCGGUUCGCCUCGAGAAGGGAGACGAGGCCGCCUUGGAUUUCCUUGCGGGGCGGGCGGUGGUGGUAUGGGCCCCGGAGGAUAGCAACGCGUUGUCAAGGAUUCUGGCCGGUGCCUUCUCCGGCGUGCGCGGCAUUGCUCUCACGGCGAUGCCAUUGGAGCAGGUCGUCGCGGGUCGGACGGGGCCCCGGCUUGUCCACCAGGGCCUCGCGGUCUUCACCAUAAAGCACACCGGCUUGCGGACGCUGCCGAGUCUGCUCUCGACGCCCGCUCCGAUCUUUCGCACGUCGGCUGUUGAGUCCGUCUACAUCGACCUGCCGACCGACGAUCUCUCCAGGAUCGUGCGCACGCUUCGCUCGGCCGACUUCCAGGACGUUUCGUGCAGGAGCCCCUCGACGAGCUUCCUGUCUACGUCAGACCUCCCGCGCACGCAGCUGGAGGUUGUAUUUCCGGCGUACACGCCUUCAUUACAGCAGCUCUUACGGAUGCGCCAUCUUCGCCGCACGGUUUUCGGCGACAGAGUGUUUUAUGGGCAUCGCAUGCUAUUCAGCAGCGAGGAUGCUCUCAUAGUCGAGUACAACUCGCCGCGUGCGCUUCUCAAGAUCUGGCCGCUGUGCUCCCAAGCGGUCGUGCUGUCCUCGAGCAAGGCUCUCAUCUACACCGAGGCGACCGUGGAGACGUGGCGACCUCUAUUGGAUGACCUGCUGCGGGAAUGCCCGGAGGAGGCUACGACCGCCCUGCUGACAGCCUCACGGCGGCGGAAGGGCAGAGGAGCGCGGGCGAAUUGCCCGAUUGACCACUUCACGGAGGUCCGUGUGCAAGGCGAGGUGGGUCAGGAGGACCUCGAGGUGAUGCGAGCUAUCAUGAGUCACCUCAAUGCUCACUCGCCGUUGCAAUGCGUGGAGGCUCCGAGCGACCGUGCGCCGCAGGCAGGGGAGUGGACGCACCUGGCCCCCCGAUGCCCGGAGGCCCCGCCAGGGAGAGUUCGGGUCCACCUGAGCUCGCAGGAGGAGGUCUCCCAGGUUUACGCCGCCCUCCACAACCAGACCGUGGAGGCCGGGACCGACCGCAUUGUGAUCACGGUCCACAACGAGGCCAUGGAGGUCACGCUCCAGUUCAUCCACAGCCUCUGCGACUUCGCCCCGCUCUCCCUGCGCUACCUUUUGGGGGCGGCCCUGCUGGGCAGCGAGCGGCCGAUUCCGGAGCAAGCCCGCCGCGACCUGGAUUGGGUGCGGAAGGUCGCCCUCGAGCACGGCGACCGCCUCGACCAGCUCAACUCUCCCUCGGCCGUGCGACGUCUCGUUAUCCUCAAGGAGUCCAUGAAGCACGUGGGCGCGACGCACGAUUGGACCCCGGGCCCCUGCGAGGAGGCCGUGGACAAGGAGGACCGGCUUGGCGCUACUAUGCGUUUCAUCCGCGCUGCCGAGAAGGGCAAUGUCUCGACUCUCGGUGAAUGCCUGCAGUGGUACCCCGCUCUCCAGACGAUCACCGGGAACCCGUACGCGGCAGCAGAGGGAGACUUGUCCAAGCUGCAGGCUUUUCGGGAUCACGCUGUCGCGCUGGCUCGCGAGUCUGCCAUGGACGGCCUCCAGCGGCUGCAGGAUGGCGAGGGCGCUGUUGACCCGCUUGCGCAGUCUCGAAUCCGACAGAAAAACUUCCGGCUGUUGUCGCGGAUCUGCCCUGGUCGAAAGGGCGGCCUCAGCGCGGUGAAAGACCGCAGGGGGCGCGUCCAUCUCACUCCAGAUGGGAUUGCUUCCAGCCUGAAGGAACAUUGGCAAGACUUUUUGCAGCGCAAGGCCACAGACGCUGCCCUCCGGUCCGGGUGGUUGGAGGACGACGCGCGAGCGCUGGAACGUGGUGCGGUUCUCAACCCGUCGGACCCGAGGUGGCAGAUCCGACGAAACGAUGUCCGCAAGGCUCUUCAGGUGGCCGGCAAUUCUGCCACUGGGCCCGAUGGCAUCUCUUUCGGCGCGUGGCGCGCCCUAGGCGAGCUGGCCGUUGACACCUUGCACGAGGCUCUCCAGGCAAUGCUGUCCGGCGACGGUGGGCAUCUCAUGGAGAGCGACUACGCGGACUUCAGCCACGGCCUCAUGGUGUUUCUGCCGAAGGUGUCCACAGAAAAAACGCCCGACGGGGACGACGUGCUGGAAGCAGAAAACACCCGCCCACUUAACAUAGUCAAUUCGGACAACCGCUUGUUGGCGAACGCGGCGCGGCUGAGAAUUGAGGCGGUGCUCGACGACCACGCUUCCAGCGAGCAGCACGGCUUCAUCGGGGGGCGGUCCAUGCUGGCGAACGUAGUGGACAUUGGCGAGGCAAUGCAGCAGACGUCCUUCGCGAAGCAGGACGGCGGGGCAGUAUUCUAUGACUUCGCCGCGGCGCUCCCGUCGGUCAGCCACGAUUUUCUAUUCGACCUUUUCGCGGCCAUCGGCAUCCCGCCUCACAUCCUCCGCGUCAUCCGCAUCCUCUAUUCGCGGAACUACUGUUCCCUGUCUGUCUGCGGGAUGCGAUUCGGAGGCUUCGACCAGAAGGCAGGAAUACGGCAGGGGUGUCCUCUAUCUCCAGUCCUAUUUGCGGUGGCGGCCGACUUGCUGCUGCGUCGGCUCGCCCGACUGGUUCCUGACUCGCGCAGGCGCGCGUACGCGGACGAUUUGGCCGUGGUGGUGCAGGACAUCGAGACGGGGGCCCCUGUGCUGGAACGCAUCUUCGAGGAGUACGAGGCCCUGUCGGGACUCCGGUUGUGCCACGGCGAAACAGCAGUGGUGCCGCUUCUCCCUGCCGCCGCAGGCCAAGUCUGGCAGCUGCUCGCGCGGGUCGCGCCGACGCUCGCGGAUUUCAGUAUUCAGUACCACGCGAAGUACUUGGGCUUUGUCCUCGGCCCAGAGCGCGGCUCGCUCACGUGGCACAAGGCAUUGCGCAAGUACGUGGAUCGAGCGCAGGUCUGGGGCCAGACUGGGUGCGGGGCCUUCCAUUGUCUGGUUGCGUAUCGGGUGUAUGUCGCAUCGGUCCUAACUUUCCUGGGGCAGUUGGACGGCGUGCCUGCCGAGUUCGAGGACGCAGAGCGCAGGGCAUGCGCGGCGCUGUUCCGCGGCCCCCAGUGCUGGCUACCACCUCCGUUCUUGCGUGCCCUCCAACACCUUGGUAGUCCAGUGGGUCUCGUGAACGUCCACGAGACGGCGCUGGCGGCCAAGUGCCGCGUGGCCAAAUGGGAGGACCGUCGCAACGGAGGGCUUCGGGUCGACCUUCGCUCCGAUGCACUACGCCGCGCCCGCUACGCUUGCAGCUUCCCCGACCGCGCUGCGCUUUGGGGUCGCUGGUGGGGCGCGGUUUUUCUCCACCAGCUGGCUGCUGCCACGCGGCUGGCGCGCGAGCGCGGGUAUGACGCUGCCGCCAUGAUGGCCCGCCUGACCGGCGCCCCCGGCGGGGCGGACCGAGAGUUGGACCGCUUCGACCUGGCGACCCUCCCCGGGCACCGCGUGCACAGGGCAGUCAGCUUGCUGGAGCGCCUCAGUGCGAUUGUGCCGCCGCGUGUCUGGCACGCGUGCCUCCGGUCGCUUCUGGACGGCUGGGCUACUGCGGAACGCAUGGGAGGCGAUUCCAUUUGCAUUUUCGGCUGCGCUGCGAGGGACGGCUUGCGCCAUUACUUUUGCUGCCCCGUUUUCCGGCAGUUCUGCGGGGACGAGCUCGGGCUUCAGGCGCCGCCGCCUGGACAACAGGGCGACUUCUUCUUGGGGCUGCGCCCUGCAUUCUCUGACGCGACCGAAGUGACCGUCCUGCGCCGCGUGCUGGCAGGUUGCUCCCUUUAUUCGGCGCACUGUCACGCCCGACACCGCGGCCUGCGCACGCAGGCCGUACGCAGCGCGAUGCUACAGUUUAUCCGCGACGCCAGCGCCCGCUGCCCGAGGGUCGCGCACGCGUGGCGCGGAGCCCAAUCGUGA